AUGAGUCGACUCAUGCAGAUUGCUCAGCGUUCGAACAAGGCUCCCGUGGGUUUUAAGGUGCAGCUUGUAGUGCAUCGGCUGAAUGCAAACUUGGCCCUCAAGCACAACACCGAGCUGGUUGCUGUCAUUAUGGGACGAAAGAAGAAAAUCCCCACAAAGAGCGCACCAUACCAACCAGCGGACCCCGGUGAUGACGGCUCGUUAAGACGGCUAAACGGAUCGAGAGCCAUUCAGUCGUCCCAAUCGAGAUGUGGGGACACCGGUGAAGUCAUUUGGGGUGACAUGGUCGCCUUCUCCAGCACGCUCUACAUGGCCAAGUCAGGUCUCUUCCAAGCCAAGCGCUUCCAGAUCCACGUCAACACAGCAGGCGAGUACGGUAGAACUGUCGCUAUUUUCGAGUUCGACUUGGCAGAACUCGUUCCACUUUCCAAGGAAUCUGGGAAAGAGAGUGUGCGCUUGAACACGACCAAGUGUUCUGAUGAUCCUCGAGCUUGUAUUUCGCUCACAGUUGUGAGCUCACGUGUGAACCGUGACGGCUUGGGUCGAGACAAGGAGGGAUCAUAUAUAGACGACAGUGCUAGCGAAAUAGGAUCCGAGAUGUCGGCCUACACAAGCCACAGCCGAGCAUCGUCGCUGGCUUCGAAUUGUCGCCGUAACAUUGAAGUACCCAUUCCAGAGCAAAUCGGAGAUGGCAAAGCUGAUGCCAUUCGUAUAGCAGGACACCCAGCGUCAUCGGAAGAACCAAUUGCAGCGACUGACAAUGCUCGCGAAGAACUGGUGAAAGCCUUGCAGGAUUUAGAGGGCCAGCUUCGUGAGAGCGAGGCUGCCAAUGUGAAGCUUGAAGCCACAAUCGACCAGAAAGACCGGGAGAUUGACCGGCUUACGAGAGUAGCAGCAGGUGUUGGAUCACCAAGCUCCGAAGCUGACGACGGUGUGAUGCAGGUGGACUUCCUCGUCUACAUGACGCUGAAAGAACAGUACGAUGCAUUAAAAUUCGAGCACGAGAAUUGCCAGACUAUCAAGGAGACGGUGGACGUUCGUCCUGCCACUGGAAUGUACACGAUCGCCGAUGUGGAGAACGAGGAAGAAGCGAGCAAAGAGGAGGUCAAUGAAACCAAAAAGGACAUCAAGGAUGACGCCUCUGAAGCGUCUUCUGUGAACGAGUACAUGGACGCGGAGGAACCUCAUUUGGUCGCCGAAGUAAAUGCUCUGAAGCGGUUGCUUGAGACGCAGCGCAGCGAAGCUCAGCAGCUUAAUAUUACAAUCAACGAGUUGACAUUGGCAAAUAGCGAGCUGGAGACGCAGCUUCGCAACCUCCGAGCUACGAUCAAGCAGAAGGACGAGGAAUUGCAGGAGUCCACCGCUGCCUUACAACGGGCUGAAUCUGUGCGUAAUGAGGUUAGUGAUGACUCCGCAGAAGCUGAAGCACAGGCUCAAGCUGCACUAGAGACUGCUCUGAGCGACAACAAGCGGCUGGAGAAGCAGCUACUCAAGUUCGAUGGCGCCAUGACUGCGAUGGAGGAGGAGAAGGCGCGUUUGAUGGUUCAAUUGAGAGAGGCAGAGAUGGCAAGUGCCGCUGCUCAAGAGGAGAUUAUCAAGGUGCAAAAAGCUCUCGAGCAGCUUGAACGUAAGAGCCAAACGCUGUCCGCAAAGUUGCAGGCGGUCGACCAAGCACGUGAACUGGCCGAGGAGAACGUCGUCACGGCAGAAGCCACGAUCGGUACACUGCAGCAGCAGGUUCGUGAUCUAUCAACUCAGUUACACGAGACGCAACACGAGCUUGAAACGCUACGUGAGAACCAGUUGACUGCAAGUUCAGUGGCACUUGAGGAGGCUGCGGCAAAACACCAGGCGCUUGAGCGGCUCUGGGAAGACGUUAAGACGGAGAACGAGCGACUGCAAGCCCGUGUCGAGGAGCUCGAGUUCCGACUGGCCCAGUCCGAAGCCAAUGGUGAAGAGAAGACCGCGGAGUUACAGGCACAGGUAGUUAAAGUGAAGCGCGAGGCGGAUGCACUGCGUGAAGAGCUGGACUCGCUGCGUGCUUCCAAGACGCUGAUCGAGAACGAGUCGCUGGAGCGCGAGCAGAAGCUCCACGAAGCGACUGAGACGCACCGCCGCAUCUCAGUGGACCAUGACGAGCGUCUCAGCUCCGAGGUUAUGGCGCGUGAAGAGCUGCUCACACGCUUGCAAGAGCAAAUGCAACAGACCGAGAAGAUGUCGGCGGAGCUGAGCGCCAAGGUGGUUACGCUCCAGCAGGAGCUCGACUACUUCCAGGGCGAACUUAUCGAGAACAAGAUGAAGGUGGCUCAGCUCACACAGGACAACGACGAUCUGGUCAUCCGCAACCGCCGCCUCGAGAAGGAGGCUGCGAACACCAAGAAGUAGAUAAUAGCGCCAAUCCAAUAACUUCAAGUAUAUCCUCCGCGUCUGCGCUUUUCAUCCUACACUGGCC